UUGCUGAGCGUUUUGUGAGGUGAUGCAUACGUGUUUAUUUCGGUGCGCUCACAUCCUUUAUGCCGGGCGCUAAAUGAUGAAGCCGAGAUGAAGCAGUGCGAUGAAAUGAGAAGAUAGGAAGGUGUUUUUUGUAAAGGAAGGUGUGCGGGGAGCACAAUGUAUUUGUAUGGCAGGAAAGCAGCGGGAGGAAGGCGGUGCGUUACGCUCCAGUGCGGCAGAGCAGCCCGGAAUAAACGUGCCAGCGCCUGGCUGAGGAGCAAGAUGCUCAUCUGCUAACAUUGCCAAGCUCUCGGGAGUGAAACCACGAGAAGCUCCGUAGUCCUGCAUGGUUGGAAACUGGAGGGGAAGCAGCUGAGCAGUGCAGCAGGAGCCAUGUCUCUGCCUUUCCGAAAAGAGCUGGAGAAAUACAAGAAUAUCAAUGAAGAUGAAAUACUCAGCAAACUCUCAGAGGAUGAACUGAAGCAGCUAGAGCAUGUUCUCGAUGACCUUGAUCCUGAGAACGCCUUGCUUCCAGCUGGAUUUCGGCAAAAGGACCAGACCACAAAGCCUGCCACGGGGCCCUUCGACAGAGAACGCCUGCUUUCAUACUUGGAGAAGCAAGCACUUGAGCACAAGGACAGGGAAGACUUUGUUCCAUUUACAGGAGAGAAGAAAGGAAAAAUAUUUAUCCCUAAAGAAAAACCCAUAGAAACUCGUACAGAAGAGAAAGUGACCCUGGAUCCGGAGCUUGAAGAAGCCCUGGCCAGCGCUUCAGAUACGGAGCUCUAUGACCUUGCAGCUGUCCUUGGAGUGCACAACAUGGUCAAUAACCCAAAAUUUGAUGAAGGAGGAGCCCGCAGUAAAGAUGGAAAAGGAAGCAUGAGAAAUGUGGUCAAAGGUGAAAAGGUGAAGCCCAUUUUUGAGGAGCCACCUAAUCCAACCAACGUGGAAGCAAGUUUACAAAGGAUAAAAGCAAAUGAUCCUACUCUCGUAGAAGUUAAUCUGAACAACAUAAAGAAUAUCCCUAUUCCAACACUAAAAGAAUUUGCAAAAGCCUUGGAAAGCAACGUACAUGUGAAGACAUUCAGCCUUGCUGCUACUCGAAGCAAUGACCCUGUAGCUAUUGCAUUUGCAGAUAUGUUGAAAGUGAACAAAACACUGAAGAGUUUGAAUGUAGAGUCCAAUUUCAUAACUGGGACGGGUAUUUUGGCACUGAUUGAUGCACUGAAGGAGAAUGAAUCCCUGACAGAGAUUAAAAUUGACAACCAGAGGCAGCAGCUGGGGACAGCUGUAGAGAUGGAGAUUGCCAAGAUGCUGGAGGAGAACUCCAAGAUCCUCAAGUUUGGAUACCAGUUCACAAAGCAAGGCCCACGAACCAGGGUAGCAGCGGCUAUCACUAAAAACAACGACCUGGUUCGCAAGAAGCGCGUGGAAGGGGAGCGGCAGUAGCCACACACAGCGGAUGCACAGCAGAACUGGAGCCCUCCAGCACUGCAAUCCCAGAGUGUUCAUGGGGAGGGAGGGAAGGCGUUGGAAAACCAUUGCAAUGGGAGCUGCUCCUUUCUGUUAACGUCUCCUCUUAACCUUGAAAACGCAGCCUGAUCAUUUUUAACUUCCACAGUUAAUUUAAUUUUCAUGAGGAAGAUUCAUAGUUGGUUUGAAUUUAAUGAAAAAAUUUCACAAUAUCUGAAGCCAAUAUGCAGCAUCGUAAGUGUGUUACUGGGCAUAAUAUGUAGUGACAUUGACCCUUAUUUUAGGCACUUUUGGAUAUGCUGAAGUAUGAACUUGUGUAUGGAUAAGGGGUUCUCUGCUGAAAAUAGAAACCUUGGGACCAAGUCCUGCAAUGCCUUACACUGCAAAUAAUCCUUAUUAUGUGUAUCGUUCUGCUGAGCUGGUCCUGCAACGGGGCACUCCCAUGCGUAGAGCUAGAAAUGGCAGUGCAGCAUUGCAGGAUCUCACCCUGCGUCCUGCAGCAGGCCCUGAGGCUGUGCAGGAGCAGCCCUUUAGCAGGGCUCUGCCUGCCUGACUCCAAGUGCAGGGUCAUGCCUGAAUGUGUAAGCAUUGUCAAAGCACACCUGUUUACACGAGCUUGGGUUUGGUGGGACCUGUUGCAGUGUUACACUGGUACUUGUUAUCCUCAUCCCGGAGAGUACAGUAAGCUUAGUGCUGCCAAUCCUAUAUACUUUGAAUGGUAGGUUUAUUUCCUAUGCCAACAAGUUUUUAUUUGCUCAUAGAAAACGCAGUUUACAGCUAUUAAUCUAAACAAGCAUUUGUUUUGCCUUGAGCCCUAUGUUCUGGUAUUUAUAUAUAUAUAUUUGUUAGUAUUAUAGCAAUGUUCUCAGGACCUUUUUGAUGAAGGCUAAUCAAGUAGUUAAUCUUGAGCAGUGGCUAUGCUUCCAGGAAAAACAACAAGAGAGUAUCUGGACCAACUACAGAACUCACAUGCACAGACUUCACUUGUGUUGGCAUGAGGCACUUGGGUACUCACCUGAGUGCUUGGCCAAGUAAAGACAGACUGAAGGUAGGCACAAGUGCUCAGCUAAGUCAGGGUCUUCACUCAGAUGCCAGACAAACUCAUAACCCAGGGGAAAGUGCUUGUGAAGCAGCAGCUAAGCCCAGUGUGCAAAAGCAUUACAUUAGUCUGAUGUUUGUAUCGUGCAUCCUACAGUCCAGAGCUACCCUGUACCACUGUUUUGUCACAGCUGCCAGUUGGCUCUGGCAAACAGCCGUGUCCACUGUGGCUGUCCAUCAGCAGCCUGGGAAGCUCCAGGCAGGUGUGCUGCUGACACCAGUGCUCGUGGAAAGCUGCGGAAGCACACUGGGGUACACCAAUUUCUGCUUCAAGUGCUCCCUUGGGACAUCAGGGAUACAGUGCUGCUUCGAUCAUGUGGUGACAGCCCCUGAGCUCUGAUGGGGCACAGCCCUGCAUUGGGUAUGGCUGAGCAGAGCAAGAGUGCAGGCUGGCAGGCACAGUGCACUCUGUGCCUUCUUCAUGAAUGGGAGUAGGCCCACAGCAGCCCCUUCUUUGGAUGCCAGUCUUCAUAGGGGGGUCUGAACUGAAUGACAUUUCACUCGAAUCCCACUUAAAUAUGAUGCCAAGUUGGGAUGCAAAGUACCUGCAGUUGACUUCUCCAGUGAGCUCCCAGUCUGUACCAUAUCUGCUGAAGUCUUUCUUUAGAAGUGAAAACAACACGGGAGUCUCGCUGAGAUCUUCCCUGGAUCCAUGGAGGAUUUACUGUAGAAAAACUUUGAUAUUCCUUUAAAAAAUAGCAAGUUCUGUAACACAGUCAUAACUCUGCAGGGUCUUAAAUAGACAGUCCUUGAAAACCAUCUGGAACAGAUGCUGAGCUUUGCAGCAUUGAGGAAGAGAGAACCCACACUCCUAAAGGCAGAAGAUGACUGCUGACCAACCUCAGUGAUCAAAAUCAUGCUGCCCCUAUUUUCUUCUUUUGUUCCAAUGAAGAGGAUCUCAACUGUCAUUUUUUAAACAUAUUUAAUUUUUUUUUUAACACUUUUGUUAGUAAGGAUGGUACAUGCAUGUGCAUUCAAGGGAAACAAGUGCAAUCCAUUUCUCUUCUCAUCUGCCAUUUCAGUGUCGGUGUGUGCAUGCAGCGUUCCAUAAGGAUGGCUGGCAUGGCUGCCCCAGUGCCUGCAGCAUGCCGUUCCACAUUGCUUUAUGCAGAGCUGCACAUGUGGCCUCACUGCCCCACAGCUGUGUUCAGCUCACAUCAAGGGCCAGGGAACAGUUUGGGAAGGCCCAGGGCCACCUCCUGCCCUUCAUAUCCCGUGUCUUUUGCACCAGCACAUGUUCUCCAGGAGGAGGGGUAUCACCCCCAGCCUCAAAAGCUGAGCACUGUGUGGCAGGGAUCCAGGCUCUGGCUCCUUUGGCAUAUGGGGGGAACCCAGCAGCCUGGCCCUUUGCUCUGGGCAGCCUCUGCCAGCCCUGCUUCUGUCUGUGAGGGAUCAGGGACAUCCGUCCUGCCUCUUCUGGGUGCUCUGCACAACGGCUUUUCAUCAUCUGGCCCUGAGCAUCACAUAUCAAACACUGCAAUAGUGUAAGGAUCCGUUCAGUACAGUGACAGCAUGGUGGUGAUUCUUGAAGGCAGAAUUUUGCAUUUAUAGCUCACUUAUAGGGCGAUUUAUCUGGUGGAAAUCUCUGCAGGUAACAUGAAGGGGUCAGGAUGGGACAAGUCCCUGUUAAAGCCACACUUCCCAACAGCACUGAGCAGGGGACAAGGACAGAAGAGGCCCUUUUUCUUAAGCAAACCUUCAGGAGUAUCUUUGUCUACUUUUGCACAUUGCUUCUUGAGUUGACAGCUUCAGUUUGGCUUGUGUUUUUUAUACAAUUUUUUCAUGGAAAAGCUCAACUUUGUGUGUGUCCCAACAUGUAUGUCAGUGGUGGUGUGCGCUAAGGGCAGUGCAGUGUUCAUGUUAAGCUCUAGAGGAGAUGUUUCUGCGGGACCAUAAGUUACUGCAUGCGCACAGUGUGGUGCAUAUUACUCAAGGGAAAGGGAAUUGCCACACUAUGUAACAGUGACUCCCCACCAUCAUGGUUUUUCUAAAUAAA